AAGGAGCUUUGGUACAACAGUGGAAAGUAGGAUUGUGAGUUUGUCUGGUUGAACACAUGAGAAAAAGACUAAAGAAGAUGAGUGGAUCAAAGAGACGUGACAAGGUUUGAAGGAUGUGGUGCAGCAACAGAAGACCGGAUUUGUCUCACUUGAACAGGAAACCAACAAGAGUAGAAGAAACAAGUACAACAAGAACAAGGUGCAAGAGACAGAGAACUUGCCUGAACAAGAAGCAGCUAAAGAAGAGGCAUGCUACUAUUUACCCAAGAAGGGAGAGAAACCCAGAGUCAAAGCUAACAGGCAGGAAGAAUGUGAGGAGGAGGUCAGCGAGGUAAAAGAAAACAUAAGAAAGCAGAGAGGCAAAAGAUUAACACUCUAGAGAGAGAGAGAGAGAGAGAGAUUGUGUGUGUGAGGUUGAGCCAAAGAGUGGGGAAGAAAUGUGAAAACAGAGGGGGACAGAAAGCAGAUGACGAGUGAGUGUUGAGCAAGCAGAGAGCAAGACAGAAGGUGAGGGGGCCUCCGGGUGAAGUUAGCAGGAGGUGAGAGGAAUGAGGGGACUGCAGUCAUUCUUCUCGUUGGUGAUCACCCUCUUCUUUUUGGGGAGCCUGCUGACCACUCUCAUCUGGUACAUGGCCGACAACAAUAAUGUGGACCCUAAAAAACCAUCUCCUCAAAAGAAAAGUGCCCCUCAGCCUUCUGACGUUUGUAAAGGCUGCAGGGAUGUCAUUAACAAAGUAUUAGAGCAUUACUCUAAAACCUGGAAGAAGCAGGAGGACAAUUACCAAAAGUUCAGAUCUCAGCUGAGCAACAAGUGCCACGGUUCUGACAAGGCCAUCAUUACCCAGGCCAACACUCCAGUGGGAGCAAAGCUUGUGUACGAUGGAGAAAAGAAGAAGACCCUCCAGGUGACCCCGGAGAUUUUCAGCACCUUUGCAAAGGAGCAUCCGUUCCAAAACAAAAAAUGGGACACAUGUGCUGUUGUUGGGAACGGUGGGAUCCUAACCAACAGCACCUGUGGAAAGAGGAUCGAUUCAGCUCAGUUUGUGAUCAGAUGCAACCUACCUCCCUUGGACAAAGGCUAUGAGAAACAUGUGGGCAUCAAGACUGACCUUGUCACAGCAAAUCCAAGCAUCCUCAUAGAGAAGUAUGGGGCUCUGCUGGGGCGUCGGCGUCCAUUUGUGGAGAGUUUGCGUAGCUAUGGCGAUGCCCUGCUGCUCCUUCCUGCCUUCUCGUUCAGCUUCAACACUGCUGUGUGUUUGCGGGCUGUCUACAGCAUUGAGGACUUUGAAAGGCUCACACAGACUAUAUUCUUCAACCCAGAGUACCUCAAGAAUCUGGCCCUCUUCUGGCAAUCCCAAGGCCUACGAGCACUCCGCCCCAGCUCCGGCCUGAUCAUGGCCAGCAUGGCGCUGGAACAAUGUGCCAAUGUGCAUCUGUAUGGGUUCUGGCCCUUCAGCAAUCACCCACAUGGACUCCACGCCCUGACUAACCACUACUACGACGAUAGACAACCUAAAAAGAAAUUCCAUGCCAUGCCAGCUGAGUUUGAAUUAUUGUUGCAGCUGCACAGUCAGGGGGUGCUCAGGCUUCACCUGGGAGAUUGUCGACCAGGUGAAACGUAAUUCCCAGACACAUGAGCAGCUGAUAGGACAGGAGCAAAGUGCUUUGUUUGUAGCCCAGUUGCAGUCUUUCAUAUUAUUUUGAAUGAAUGGACAUAUCGUUUUGGGCUGAUGUGUCCAAUUAAGGUGAAUGCUUGGACUUACAGUGAGCAGCAAAGACAUUUGCACUAAAAUCAAAAUGCAACAAUUUUAAUACUGUAAACAUUAUAGUGUUGCAAUGGAUCUAAACUGUAUUUAUUAAUACAAAUGUUCCAGCUGGAGUCUGGAGGGAGUUAUUUUGAUAUAAAUGGGAAUCCUUUGUGGGAGUCGACAUUGUAGUGCCUUCUUUUGGAUCAAACUGAAUGUAUUUUGAAGAAAUUGGAAUACCUCCUUUUACGUGAAUAUUGUCGGACUAAAACACUUUAACAUUUAAUGAAAACAGCUGCACAAUGAAUGUAAAGAUUCUUUUGACAUUUAUUUGUUAAAAAGCGUGUCACACGUAGAACGAUAUUCUAGAAACACUCGAGGGCAAAUGUAUUGUACUCACACACUUUAAUCACACAAUUGUUUUAAAAGGAUGGUGCUUAUGGAAGACAAUAUCUGGAAAUACCCUGGAAACUACUUCUCACACGAGGUAAACCUCAUGGUACAACGGAAACCAACACUUUUUAAGUUCAUGUAAAUGCAGAAUUUAAUGACUGUCUUCAAUGUAAGGUGAUAUAAUGAUUAGGAAUUGUGCACUUUGGGGGAAAAUAUGAACCUUUGGUUUUGAAGUAACAUUCGCAUCAGGACUUGGGUGGCUCUUGUGUAACUGGGAGUAAUGCCUUUAACGAUGAUACUUAUAAAGUCUUAACAGUGAUUUUUGUCUUGUGAGCCAGUUUUAGAAUCAUGUAAUUUUUUUCCUGUAACAUCGAGGUGAGAGGGAAAAUGAAGUCAAAUGAAUCAGCAAAUAAAUAUUUAUCAGAAAGAGGU